AAGGGAGGGCAAAGGGGCGGUCCGCUCCGAGGCGGAAGUAGCUUCAGGAGCACCAGAAGUUGACAGGAUCACGUGGCACUCAUCCAGCGGAGAAUCUCCAGCCACCCGAGAUGGCGACUGAAGGGAAGAUGAAACGGAAGAAAAAGAAACCGACCCAAGACAGAAAAACAAUGGAAGCUAAGGGGAAAAGCUCCUCAUCUGGAGACUAUCAGGUUGGACAAGUGGCCAGCAGCUUGUUUCAAAACAAGCCCUUGAAGAGUGGCACCAGCCACCUAGCAUCACUCUUUGAAUCCUCAGCUCCACAGGUUCAGCAGCCCAUUUAUGUGGCUGCCAGAGAAACUAACAGUAAGAAGAGAAAAAAUAAAGAAGAUGAGAUUGCAUUCCACAGUCAGAGAACUUGUGCUGCUGUUGAGCAAAUGCCUGCAAAGAGAAUUAGAGUCAAGAAGGAGUUUUCUGCAGAUAAAAGGUUGGCAAACAGAGAAAGUGCUUUGGUGUGUGCUGAUCUUGAAGAAGAAAAAAUGCAAGCUAAACAAAUGAAGAAAAGGAAAAUUUCUCAAGUCAGUAAUAAUGGCAAAACAACAAAUGGUAAAAUAGUUGAUAAUUCAGAUUAUUCAUUUGAAGUAAAUAAAAGAAAGAAGAUUCAAGCCAGCGAGGCAGAGGAAAGAAUAAAGAACAAGAGAACUGUAUUUGUGGGAAAUUUACCUGUUACCUGUAAAAAAAAGGAGCUGAAGUCAUUUUUUAAAGAAUAUGGACAGAUAGAAUGUGUGCGAUUCCGUUCUUUGAUUCCAGCAAAGAGCACUUUAUCCAAAAAGAUUGCUGCAAUAAAACGUGAAGUUCACCCUGAACAGAAGAGUAUUAAUGGUUAUGUAGUUUUUAAGGAAGAGAGUGCUGCUGAAAAGGCACUGAAAAGAAAUGGUGCUCAGAUUGCUGAGGGAUUUCCUGUCAGAGUUGAACUUAUAUCUGACACUCCUUUGAGAGGCAAGAGAUCAGUAUUUGUGGGGAACCUCCCAUACAAAAUUGAAGAGUCUGCUAUUCAGGAGCAUUUCUCUGACUGUGGAAGUGUUUUAGCAGUAAAAAUUGUGAGAAACAAAGUCACUGGAGUUGGCAAAGGGUGUGGCUAUGUGCUCUUUGAGAAUACUGAUGCUGUACAACUUGCUUUGAGAUUAAACAAUUCUGAAUUAAUGGGAAGAAAACUACGAGUCAAGCAUUAUGUUAAUCAUGAAAAGGUUAAACCACCACAUACUCCAGGCAGAGUUUUGGAGAACUCCACCAAAUUUAAGCACAAACUUAAUUUUCCUUCUAAAAACACAGGGCAACAUUCUGAAAAUACAUUUGCUGGAGAAAAAGCUAAUCCCUUGAAAAAGAAAAAGAAAUGGCAAAAAAGUGGGAAAAGUAGAAAGCAAAUAGAAAAACACAAAUAGAGCAUCAGUUUGAAACUUUUCUACUUGUAUAAUUUACUAAUAAAAGUAUGUUCUAUUUAAUGAGUGUGAUUACUCUUAAUUUAUAAAUAAAGGGC